AUGGGUACUGGCGGGAAUGAUACCGGGUUUGAGUGGUGGAGACGGACCAUGCAGUACAAAACUGGUAUAGGGUUGACGCCAGAGGAGAAAAUCCGAUACGAGGAAGAUUCUAAAGCUCGGGCGCUGAAACUGGAAUGCCUCAAGUGCUAUGAAUAUCGAGAUUGGAUGCUUAAGUACUCCCCUACGGUUCGUUUUAUGGUACAGGCUAUAACGAAGCUGAAUAAGGGUAGGGAUGAUAAAUUUGACGAUUCGAAGAUUAUUUGCGAUUACUGUCCCGAUUGGAAGGGUGGUGGCUUCCAUCCUGAAUUAGGAAUUCUAUUGUGUCAAAACAGGUUACGUGACAAAUGGCACUUAGAGGACACACUAUCACACGAGCUGGUUCAUUAUUUCGAUGAUUUAAAAUGGCAAAUAGAUUGGCUAAAUCUGAAACAUCAUGCUUGUUCAGAGAUCAGAGCCUCUUCAUUGAGUGGGGAAUGCAGAUUUUGGGAAGAGCUCAAAAGAAGGGGGUUCAGCACAGGAUUCCAUGUGGCAAGAGGUCACCAAGACUGUGUAAGAAGGAGAGCUAUAAUUAGUGUCUCAGGAAAUCCCAAGUGUAAUAGCAAGGAACAUGCUGCAAAAAUCGUGGAUGAAGUUUGGGAUAGUUGUUUCGCUGACACAAGGCCGUUUGAUGAGAUUUACAGAUGA